AUUAUUAUUUUGCUAUCCAACUACUUCAAUAACCGAAUUUCUGUGCCAAAUGUCACCAGCUGCGCCCGUUCCACCCCAGCCCCCGCCGCCACCUAGCUUAAGCAGUUCGCUAACGAACAUUCAAAAAGAUCAAAUCUCCGUUCCAGUAAAUCGAAUACCCAACGAUGAGUGUAGCUGGGCAUUGGAUUACCCGGAGUUGCAAAAGGGUUGCUUUCUCAGCCGUGUGUGUCAAUAUGCACAGCCCAAGAGAUGCCAAUUCUAUGCCAUACCAAGUUUUCUACAAGUAGGACCCACCUGUGGCCUAACAGCGCUAAGCAUGUUGCUUAAUGGACAGCCGACGGCAACGGAAUUGCUUGCAGAUGCCAUUGCGCAAAAGUACACAAUAAAUGGCGAAAUGUUUAGUGCGCAAUAUUUAUAUGAAUUGACUCGGAAGCAUUUAGACAGUGCUGACGCUUGCCUAUUGCAUGAAGGACUUUUGGAUUGUGCCAGGAUCGAAGAGCAGCUUAUCGCUGGCGCUUGUUUAUUGGUGCCUUACGAUGCCGAUGUCAAUCAUGCACCCUGCCUAAAGUCUGGUCAUCGAGCCCAUUGGGCGCUAAUUGUGGGCUACCUCAUUGAUGACCAGGAUAAGUUUUUCGUGGUGGCACGCCAUGGCAAGACUCGUAGCCUGGCGAUAUGGUCUUUGGUUUCGUUGAGCGAGAGCAAUGCAAAUCUUGUGGAAUUCGCGCAGCCCAAGGGCCAUGAAGGCUGCACGUUCCUGCUGCCGCCCGGCGGCAUAGACGGUGCUCUUGGUCUCAAGGAACGCUCCAUUCUCAUCACUGCGCCGCCCCAUCAAUUGACCCAAGUGCGUUGAUGCUGUAAGAGAUCGGAUGCCCAAAGAAAAACGGUUUUGGUUUGUCUUUAAAUGUCAUAUAUAUAUAUAUAUGUAUAUUUAAUAAUACAAUUAUAAAUUAUACAUCUUAGAAUAUUUGAUUUUUAACUUCGCUCUCAAUUGCAACGCGCCUGACAUUCAUCUUAAAUCGGCAAAAUGUUCGCACCCAAUUGGUAGGUAUAUUGCUUGAAACGGAUUCAUUCCAUAUCUUUUCUAUAUAAUGCAUGCAUGCAUAUAUGUUCCUAUACAAUCUAUGCAUCGGCUGUUCUUCACACUAUGAAUUUUCAAAAAUCACAACAAUUAGAGUAGUACAUAUGUUAGAAUAUGCAGAUUAGAUAGGUAUGCUUAUUAAAGUAUGUAUAUAUAUAUAUAUAUAUAUAUUGUCUAAGUAUAUAUUUAGUUGCACAUACAGAUGUCUGAAUUUAGAUAGUAUAUAGACGACGGGUUGGUUAAAUAUGCAUUCACAUUGGUAAGCAGUUGUAGUUAUAGUAUGCUGCAUAACAUAUAGAUACGAUAGUUUUGUUUAGUUUGGUUUAGAUAAUGCCAGAGCAUAUAUAUAUAUAUAUGUAUAUAUUACGCUGUUGCCAUGGUGUGAGAGCAGAGUUGAGAUCAUGCGGCUCGAUUUGGAGCCCUUCUGGCAAUGCUCCUGACUCCAGCGUGGCACCUAUUUACGAAAAAAGAGAACAACACGCUAACCGAAACCAUUUGGCAAACCGUUUGUUAGCCAAACUAGAUUUGAAAAUUUGUUCUUGGUUAUAAACUCUUGAAACGGCAACUACAUUAUUUAGUUUACUUGUACAGGAUAUUUGAUACGCGUUAAUUUGAACAAUUGGUAAACGUUCGGCUUUUAUAAUUUCAUUAUGUAUAUUAACUAUAUAGCUAUUACUUAUUGGUAGAGUGUAUAUAUAUAUAUAUGUGUGUGUGUGUAUGUGUGGGUGUGUGUGUGAUGCGUGUGGCUCGAAAAUUUUGAGAUAAAUUCACAAAUUUGCGUUUUGUAGACUUAAAAGAAAAUUUACAAGCUAAAAGUAAUUUAUUAACUAAAAAUUUACAAAUAUUAAUUAUAAAAUAAAUUAGCAUUCUUCUUAGUUAAUAAAUUGAAUUGCCGCGCAUCUGUCCGGCUGACCCUGCUCUAACUGUAUCUGUCUGCGUGUGCGAGUCUGCAUGAGAAUGGGGGCAUUGGGUAUAU